GUGGAUUGCAGGAGGACUGGAAGGGUUUUGGUCUUAGCUAUUGAAUGAUAAUGAAGGUCAUGUUCAAUGGGAUUAGACUAUUUAAGUUGACUGAAUGAGCCUUGUUUUUACCUGCAAAGUGCCAGAUUCCUGGGGCAAAUUUUUUCUCCACACACAUCAGCUCACCCUUGAGUGAAGGCACAGAGGGUUUGGGCUUUUUCUAGAAGGGGCUGAUGCCUUCUCAGCUGCUCCAGCCCUUUCUUGACACCCCGGCAGUGUGACUUUAUAGUGUCAGAGAGGCAUGAGUUGCUUUCAGGGGAUAUUGUCACUUCCUGGAUGGGAGCUUCUGAGCGAGAGGUCCUAAGUCCCUCUGAUGGUGGACACACCUGCUGGAGUUGAGGAAUCGCAUGAGAUGUCGGUUGAGCUCUAGAGGGUCACAGGAAAAGACCAGCCUACCUCCUUUUAAAUAACAUCAGAAAAUACACUUUGGGCAACUGUUACCAGAGAAUGACUUUCUCCUCAUCUCCAGAGACCCUGGCAGUUGUUAGCAUCAGGGCCCUUCUUCAGAGGGAAAAACCAAGCCCCAAAGCUGCCAGUGUGAGAAGGGCCCAGAUGGGACCUCCCUCUUGAGAGAGUUCACAGGGCACGACUUGUGGUCAAAGCUCAGAGGGGUGGGGUGGCCUUUAGUGGCUUCUGCUCAGCGGGCCCGGGAGGAUGAGGCAAGGUGGGGGUCUGUUGCACAAGGGGGGUGGGGUGGGGUUGUGACUUGCAUGUUGCCAGUGUAGCCUGACAGGGGCUCUUGGCCUGUCCUGUUAGUCGACUGAAAUAAGAGAGAUGCCACGCCACCAGCUGCAACAGAAACAGAAAGUGGAAAUUUAUUGUUUGUGCAAACAAGGCGCAACAUGGGGCCUAGCAGCCAAAAGACCCCAUGUUCCCUAUCUUGACAGAAGAGUACACACCAGGGAAGAACCUCAAAGGGCCUGCGGACUGCAGAGUGGACGAGGCUAUUGUUUUUAUCGAAGAAUCUCACAGCCGUAUCUUAUUCCUGUGCUACUCAGGAGGAAGACAUGACCCAAGCAGCCUCAGCCUGGGGAUCAGUGGCGGAAGAGGCAGAGAACCCAGGAGUCCUGACUCCAGGCUCUCCAGCCUCUACCCUGAGCAUGUUGCUUCUGACAACAGACAUUUGAGAACCCCGGGGGUCAAAAGUACUCCUCCCCAGGGAUGUUUCCAUUUUCGGGGGUGGGAUAUCACAUCCAGUUCUUACACAUCGUGGACUGGAUGGAAACAGCCUGCAGUGAUGUUCCAUUUAUCGUCAAAGGGCUGGGAGAUGGAAAAACACCGUUACUGCCUAGAAUAGACGUAGCACUUGCUUCCAAGGAACUGAUUAAAAUCUGUUUAAUCUCUGGAGAAUUACGGAGAGGCAAGAAGGCCUCAGGCAGCGCUGAGAGAUGGCAUCUUUUUCUAGAAACACUGACAAUGAAGGGAAUGAGGCCAAGGCUGCCAGCCUCCUGGCACCGUCUCUUCCUCACUUAACCGGUGUGAGUGACAGGGCUCCAUCAAUAAUAAGCUGAGAAUUGUGUACAACAAUUCUCUAUCCUCCUGGUCAUCUCAUGGGAUUACCUGGUUCUCUUCUGUAGCAGACACAUUCUGAUUUCACUACCACUCUCGCACUGGACACUGAUUCUCAAGAAAAUCACGCCCAAAGGUGAAAGAGUGCAUUCUAGCAGAGGGUCUCGGUCCUGUUCCAUCUAGGAGCUGGGAGUGCUGCAGGAUGCUGCUAUUCUCUUGUGGCUGAAUCGCCAUUGCUGCCUGUCCUAAAUCAAAGUGGUGCCAUGGAGGACCGCUGCCACCCGAGGGAGGACCAUGGCCUGUGACAUAGGAGCCUCUUUCCCUGUGUGCAGGUGGGAGAGAUUGGGAGGCUGUGGCUAGAUGAAGCAAAGGUUCAACUCCAUUUCAUUAGAUUUGGAUAACAUGUCAGUGAGCUUAUUCUGGAAAACACAAGAGACUAUGAACUCAUGUAUCAAUAGAUUACACACCUGGAUACUGCUUGGCUCUGGUCUGAUUGUCAGUCACAGAAGGCUACCAAGGAUGCUCUCCAUAUCUCUAAAAUGGAUGCCUUUUCUUCAUGCUAAAGUCAAGAGUCAGGAAGGUGUUCCACACAGAAAAAAGUCACAGCUGCAUGGUCCAAAUCUACCACCCGUCUGUCAGGUCGUCGUACUGUGGUGGCUUGCAUGUUGCUGUGAUGCUAGACGCUAUACCACUGGUAUUUCAAAUAUCAACAGGUUCACCCACGGUGGACAGAUUUCGGUGGAGCUUCCAGGCUAAGACAUCAAAGAUCACUGAUCACAGGUGACCAUACAGAUAUCAUAAUAGUGAAAAAGCUCGAAAUAUUCUGAGAAUCACCAAAAUGUGACAUAGAGACACAAAUGAAUGAUGCAUGCACUGUUGGAAAAAUGGCGCCAACAGACUUGCUUGAUGCAGGUUGCCACCAACCUUCAAUAUCUGUGAAGCCUAAGAAAAUGAAGUACGCCUAUAGAUGGAGCACAGGGCAUUUUUAGGGCAGUGAAACUAUUCUGCAGGAUGCCGUCAUGGUGGACACGCAACAUUAUGCAUUUGUCAAAACCCAUAGGAUUGUGCAGCACAAAGACUGAACUCUGACGUAAACUCUGGACUUCAAUUAAUAAUAAUGUAUCAGUGUUGGUUCAUCAGUUGUAACAAGUGUGCCACACAAAUGUAGGAUGUUAAUAAUAGGAGAAACGGUGUGCAGGGCUUAGGGGGAACUCUCUGUAACCCUGGCGGCGUAGUGGUUAAGUGUUACGGCUGCUAACCAAAGGGUCGGCAGUUCAAAUCUGUCAGGCACUCCUUGGAAACUCUAUGGGGCAGUUCUACUCUGUCCUACAGGGUCGCUAUGAGUCGGAAUCGACUCGACGGCACUGGGUUUCUCUGUACAUUCCGUGUAAUUUUUCUGUAAACCCCUAGGUGGCACAAAUGAUUAAGCCUUUGAUUAUUAGGCAAAAGAUUGUUGGUUCAAACCCACGCAUAGAUGCCUCAGAUGACAAGCCUGGCAAUCUCCUUCUGAAAGAUCACAGUCUUGAAAACCUUAGGGAGCAGUCUUGAAAUUGACUCAAGGGCAAACAACAACAACAAAACUGCUCUAAAAAAUAAAAAAAAAAAAUCACAUAAAAAUUCUACAAAAAGCAGCCAUCUGCUGCUGCUUUCCUCCCUAGCACCUGGCCCUGCUCCUCAGAGAACCCAUCCUCAGAUCCUGCAUCUUUGGUAAAAGGUUUCUGCCCUGCUGUGCCUUCACCCCAAUCCUGUGUCCUGAGAAAGACAACUUGGCAAACUGCAGGCUUAACACCUGGAACACCAAACCCAGCAGCUCUUCUUGGCCCCCACACGUUUCACUGACACACGAAGCUUUGAAGAUUGUCUCCUGGACCUUGUCGGCACAGAUUAGAGUGUUGACAGAAUGUUCAAAUAUCUUCGGAAAUGGUUUGUCACUCGCUUCUUCGGGCAUACCCGGCAGAGAGCAAGGCUGGUCUCCAAAGAUGGAAGGUGCAACAUAGAGUUUGGCAAUGUGGAGGCACAAUGGCGGUUUAUAUUCUUUGUGGAUAUAUGGACAACUGUGCUUGACCUCAAAUGGAGAUACAAGAUGACCUUUUUCAUCUCUGUCUUCUUGGGGAGCUGGUUCCUCUUUGGUCUUCUGUGGUAUGCAGUAGCCUACAUUCACAAAGAUCUCCCAGAGUUUCAUCCUUCUGUCAAUCAUACACCAUGUGUGGAGAACAUAAAUGGCUUGACUUCAGCUUUUCUCUUUUCUCUGGAAACUCAAGUGACCAUUGGAUAUGGAUUCAGGUGUGUGACAGAAAAAUGUGGUCCUGCCAUUUUUCUACUUAUUUUCCAGUCUAUCCUUGGAGUCAUUAUCAAUUCUUUCAUGUGUGGUGCCAUUUUAGCCAAGAUCUCCAGACCCAAGAAACGUGCAAAGACCAUUACCUUCAGCAAGAAUGCAGUGAUCAGCAAGCGGGGUGGGAAACUCUGUCUCCUAAUCCGAGUGGCUAAUCUUAGAAAGAGCCUCCUUAUUGGCAGCCACAUAUAUGGAAAGCUUCUGAAGACCACAGUCACUCCUGAGGGAGAGACUAUUAUUUUGGACCAGACCAAUAUCAAUUUUGUGGUAGAUGCUGGUAAUGAAAAUUUAUUCUUCAUCUCCCCACUGACUAUUUACCAUAUCAUUGAUCACAACAGCCCUUUUUUCCACAUGGCAGCAGAAAACCUUUCCCAGCAGGACUUUGAAUUAGUGGUGUUUUUAGAUGGAACAGUGGAAUCAACCAGUGCUACCUGCCAGGUCCGGACAUCCUAUGUCCCAGAGGAGGUGCUUUGGGGCUACCGUUUUGCUCCCAUAGUGUCCAAGACCAAGGAGGGGAAAUACCGAGUAGACUUCCAUAAUUUUAGCAAGACAGUAGAAGUGGAGACCCCUCACUGUGCCAUGUGCCUCUAUAAUGAGAAAGAUGAUAGAGCCAGGAUGAAGAGAGGCUAUGAUAACCCCAACUUUAUCUUGUCAGAAGUCAAUGAAACAGAUGACACCAAAAUGUAACUGUGACUUUUCGUCAUGAAUAAAGAAAAAUCUCUAAGAGACCUAGUGAAUUAGAAACAUAAAGCCAUCAGCAAUUUGGGUGUAUGAAAGUAGGACAGAAGCCUUCAAAGUCUACCAGUACGAUGACCCUCUGAACCUCAUAACUGUGAUCUUAUGAGACAUUGCUCUAUGAGGCACUUAUAUUAGAACAAGCUAGAUAUUUAUGUGAGGCUGGAAUAUGGAAGCCACAGGAGCUCUCCUGAAAUCUUGAAUAUGAUUAUUUGAGAUCAUGCAAUGUUGGCGGGAACAGACAAAAUCAUCAAAAGUCUUAUGUACAGGCCAAACAAAACCUUUUAAAAUCUCCUUGAAGAAGUUAUGAACUUCAGAUAGGAACAGGAAAAAAAAAAAAUUUCCACUUGAUUCUACUGAUAACAAAGAAGCUGCUUCCAUUUUAACAUUACUUUUGUCAGGGGCAAUGUUGUCUCCUGACUUGGGGGUGCUGAACUAACCAAUCGAAGAAAAUAAGAAAAAAAGAAUAAACUCCCCAAGAACAAUUGUGUGGCUCUAACCUUCUCAAGCUCUGGUGGUUGGAGCCUUUAUCUUAGUCACGGUUUUAGGAAGAGCAAGAGGGGCAAAGCCCAUGAGCCUUGUAGAAAGCACUGAAGACUACACCAGCUUUAUGCAAAUCCAGAUACUCAGACUUAUGUUUGUUCCAAAUUGUCUCACGUGGUAUGUUUAGACAGAAGCUAACUCAGCGCUCCAGACUCUCAAGGCACGAAACCCUGCAAGACAGAAUCUUGGACUUGAAAAAGGUGGUGGAUAUUAAAAAUGGUGCUGUACUAGAAGAGAUUAGGAGCUACAAAUCUGUUAAAAGAGUGUCUCCUGCUAUUCCAAGAAAGCAAUGAAGAGGCUGAAGGUGCCAAGUCAGUCUAGAAAGGAAAGUGCGGUGAAUAAGUCUGAGAAAAAAUGUUUCUUGUGUUUCUCCGCCGAGGGUGUGUAUUGAAAUGCUCUUCCUAAAGGCGAAGUGUGAAAGGAAAAAGAACAGGAUGUGACCCCACAGUUGAGGAAACGUACUUUCUCCCUCUCUCUGUUUGAAGGCCAGCACCACAUCUUCCUAAAAGGGGCCCAUGUGAAACGAGGGUGUUCUUUUAGGGGAAGGCUUUACUGUGAAUGUCUUGUUCAACUCCGCACCUACAUUAUUUUGAAUGUAUCCUGGGGAGGAUGGUACUCAAAGCUGCUUAGGAAUCAAAUGUUUUCAGUGUGUUGAUUAAGAUAUUAAAUCUCUGCAACUGUACAUGCUCUUUCUAAAAAGUGUCAGUUAUUGUGCAUUUGCUGUGACAGACUGGCUGGUGGAGAUCCUCUCUCUGAGGGUGGACCUUGUCCUGGAAGGGGGUGGAGGAGUGAGAAGAUGGCAGAUGGGACACAUUUGGUAUCUUUAGUGCAGCUUCCCCAGGAGAAAAUGACCUUGACUGCAGACACACCCUUUCCUGUACAGCCCUGUCAAAUCACUCCAGGGUGAGUCUUGACACUAUGGUAGCAGCUGUGGACAACUGUUGGUAGGGAUGGCUUUGUUUCCUAGGCCUGGCAUUGAACUUGUAGGGAUCCAUACAUACACACUCCAGUCCUCCUGACCAAGUCCUGUGGGAAUUCUGAGGGAUUUGGGGACAUGUACUUUGUCAGUGUCCAGGAUCAGGGAACCAGAACAGUCCACAUGAGAGGUCACUCUGUGCCCUUAUGGAUGGUGGCACCACACUUUAAUCUCCUGACAACACUAAAGGAAAUCAGGCAGUAUGCAAGCUUGAGGGAUUAAGAUGUUAAGUAAAUAUGUGGUCAUGAUAUUGCAUUGGAAUAAAAAGCCUGCCUGGAAUUCUCUGCUGAACCAUUUACAUGAGCUUCUUUAUUACUCUGAGGUCCUCUUUAAAAAUUGGAGGGAAAAUGUAUUGAUUCAGGUCAUUCACAUCUGAACAGACUCCUUCUGGUCUGUUUUCCGGCUCAUUGGCAGAAUGCUUAGUAGUGGCUGGAACUGAAAUGAUCAUAAAUAAUCCAUUCCUUUUGAUUGUUAAGAGAGCUGAACAACUAGAACCGUUCUGACUGGUAUUUCCUUUUGGGUUAUUCAGUGAAAGCCUAUUUGUUUCCAUAUAUUCAUUUAUUAGGAUCAAGGCACUCUGACACUUGGAGUCUCCUUUUCAACGCAAAUUCCCAUUGAGCCUUUAGCAACCAUUAACUAACUCAUAUUAAUAAAGCUCAAGGAAACAAGACCCAGGACAGGUAACUUGAAAGUCCUAAGGGGUGGCUAGCCUCUGGGUGGUGCAAAUGGCUAAGUGAUCGGCUACUAACUGAAAGGUCAGUGGUUUGAACCCACCCAGAAGUACCUCCGAAGAAAAGCCCGGUGAUCUGCUUCUGAAAGGUCACAAGGAUGAAAACCCUAUGCAGCACAGCUCUACUCUGACACAUGUGGGGUCACCAUGAGUCAGAAUCGACUCCAGGGCAAUUUGCUUUUUUGUAGGGAACAAGUGGCUGGAAUCCAGAAGCAUCAUAAGAAACCCGGACAUUUGGAGAGAGGGGGUCAUGAAAUGCAUAGAAGCACAGCGGGUAAAGAGAAGAAAUGGGAAAUAGAAGGUUCCAGAAGGCCAACGUACCUAUAGGUUAAUGCUAGUGCUAAUUGUGUGGACUAAGUAGACUUUGGGUGCUUCAGGGGCUUUUCAAACUAUUUUGAAGGUGGGCUUUUUUAUUCCAAUGGAGUUAUCACUUUUGCCAGCAGGAUCUGACCACCUCAUUAUUGCUAUUGCUAUUUUAAAUGCAGUUCAAUAUUUCUGACUCCUUUCAAGGAAAACUACAACCCAUGAGGCAUUACUGCAUCCAAUGCUGUCUUUGUUGCUGACUCCUCUUGAGUUGCCCCGUUUAUCUCUGCUUCUCUGGAUGGGGGUUUGGACCUGGAGAGUCUGGCCCUGGUUUCACAUUCCACAACUCAGGUUGGCUCAAGCUCCAAUAUUUAGAUUUAAGAUUUGGGAGACUGUCUUUAAGAAACGGGGCUAAACGUCUAAAAAUCAUUUAUUCCUAAAGACAGGAAGCCUAGAAGGAAAAGAUCUUUUCUAAGUGGCCGGACGUAACAAGUGAGAUGUUUGUUUCCAUCCAUCGCUAACGGGUGUGUCACACGGUAAAGAGGAAGUCUGAGUGCGUCUAUGGAAGGUUGAAGAGUCUGUGGUGGAGGCACUUUUCUUAGAGAUCUUUCAUAAAACGGGAGAUGGUUCCUCAACUCUGUGUUUGUGAAUAGCAUGGGGCAUCUCCGCCUGUCUGAUGGAAAGAAUGCAAAUGAGGCCCUGGCCCCACCCCUUGGCCGUUGUUGUCUGCCAUUACAGGAAGUUCCUGUCAAUCAAAGCUUGACAGGGGAGAUAGAGCAUUUUAUUUUGGAAGCCAGAAGUUUGAGAACAAUGACUGGAAUUUCCUCUUUCUGUCCAGCCAGGGCUGUUUGUCACUGGGGAGAUAAAAGUCCAGGGGUCGGGAAUAAAGGUUAUCAGGAACCGCGGCAACACAGAGCCCUGUGGGGGGACGCAGGCGGGAGGAGGGCUUAUAGAGGAAAUCUAUUUCAAUGCCUGUCAUUAAGUUUCCAUUAAAAGAACAUUCAGUUAGGAAUUCAAAAAUAAUUUAAUCUCCCCAGCCAGAUGCACCCAGCUGGACUCCUUGGAGCCGAGCUCUGCAGAGGGAGAUUUGCACCAAAGCUUCGAGGGCUAAGAACUGGUGUGAACCCACAUCUGCGUCUCCGUCCCCUGCACUGUUGGCCAUGUAGGAUGUUCUACAAGGCAUACUUACCUCUCAGGAGAGUGAGAAGCCUCCCAGUCUCUGGUUAUUAUAGGGUCCACUUGCUAAUCCUUUGCUAUGACUUAGGUUCUGUUUUAAGCAUUUUAUAUACAUCACUUCUUUUAAUUUUCCCAAUCCUGUGAAGUCAGUCCUGUUAUUAUACUUAUUCUUUACUUCAGUAGCUUGCUCAGAGUCUCUGGCUAGUCAGAGCUGUCUUGAAAGCCCACGCACUUGAAAUCACUCCAGACCAGUGGUUUCAGAUACAUCGUAAGGUGGAUGACUCUCUGAGAGGACUCACUGGGGUUGCAGGACUUUUCCCUGGAGCCCAUGGAUGACUGGCACACAUUCCUGGCAAUGUCUCACACUUAGGGGACUCUUUGCCAGUGCUUUAUAAACACCUCUUGACCCACUCGUUUGAGGAAGAAGCAAUGUCUUGCCAGGAGCUCUGGAUAAACUGCUCAGGCAAUAUCAAGAAGUACCCUGGGGGUCCUGAAGAUUCAUCUAGGCUCUUGGUGGAAAUUACACUAAACCCAUUGCUAUCGAGUCAAUUCCAACUCAUAGCAACCCUCUAUUACUAAUAGUGUGUAUAUAUGUAUAUGUAUAUAUAUAUAUAUAUAUACACACACACACUCACACAUACACUUAUAAUAUAAUACAUGUUUUAUUUCAAUCUCCAAGUAAUUCUCUGAGGUAGAGACAGAUAUGAGCCCCAUUUUGACAAACGGGAAACGGAGCUUCAGCAAGCCCUGGAGAAGAAGGUCUGUGCUCUCUACUCACCUCAUGUUCCCAGCACCAGCACAGUGUCUCUUACUUUCAAUAAAUGUUGGUUUGAAUGAGUAAAUGAAGGAAUGAAUGAUUUGCCCAAGGUCAACAUGACUAAUAGUGAAUUUGAACAACUAUCUGCCCAGUGAGGGUCCUUGGCAAAGACUUAACCUCACUGAGCCUCAAUUUCCUUACCUGUGAAGUAGAGGUCGGGGAGGAUUCAAUGAAAUAGCAGAAGUAAGAAUUCCUUUGUAAAAGUAAGUGGCAGUGGAAUGGCAAACAGGGCAAGGGCAGUGGGCUUGAGGCAGAGCGCCCGAAGGGAUCGCUUGUCCAAAGGACAGCUCUGCUGCCUGAUGCUUCAAUGACAGAGAUGCAGAGUGCUGGGCAGAGCCAUGACAAAGAUGAGAAGAGCCAUCAAGAGCAAAUGAUAGUGUCUCUGGACGCCUAUCUGAUACAGGAUAGACUAUGAGUUGGGGGGAUUUGACUACACUCCUGGUGCCUUGAACUUCAUUUCAAUAAACAGGUGUUCAUUGAGGGCCUGCUGUGAGCCAGCCACUGGAGUGUUAGCAGCAAGGAUCCUACCCACGUCCGUCAGGGAUUGAGAGGCUUAGACCAAUCUGGUGUGGGUGGUGCUGUUGUUAUUAACUGCUGUCAAGGCGGCCCCCAACUCUUGAUGACCCCAUGCACAAGGGGAUCAGACCAUUGGGAUCCAUAGGGUUUUCACUGGCCGAUUUUCAGAAGCAAAUCGCCAGGCCUUUCUUCCUAGUCUUAGUCUGGAAGCUCCACUGAAAGCUGUUCUGCAUCAUAGCUACACACAAGCCUCCGCUGACAGAUGGGCGGUGGCUGCACUUGAGAUACCUUGGCUGAGAAUC